CAGGCGAAAUCUGGAGAGUUCCGGACGCUGCGGAAAGGCUUCUCCCCGUACCACUCGGAGUCCCAGCUCGCCAGCCUGCCCCCCUCCUACCAGGACGCCCUGCAGAACGGCCCAGCCUGCCCGGUACCCGAGCUGUCCUCACCCCCCUCCACCGGCUACAGCCCCGCAGGACAGAAGCCCGAGGCUGUCGUGCAUGCAAUGAAGGUCCUGGAGGUGCACGAGAACCUGGACCGGCAGCUCCAGGACAGCUGCGAGGAGGACCUGAGUGAGAAGGAGAAGGCCAUUGUCCGCGAGAUGUGCAACGUGGUCUGGAGAAAGCUGGGAGACGCCGCCAGCUCCAAGCCCUCCAUCCGGCAGCACCUGUCUGGGAACCAGUUCAAGGGGCCUUUGUAGGCCUCUCCUCCGUGGACGUGGACUGUCCCUGCCUGGGAUCCCCCCAGGGGAGUGGCAGGCCUUCCGGCUGAGCCUCCGUCUUCUUCUUCUGUGAUGAAUUGUACAUAGGAUGCUGCCUGCUGUGGCUCGGCAGCCAUGGGUGUGGCCCCUGCUGGCCGGGCCUCCAUCUCCACAUCUCACACCAGCAAACUGGGAGGCGAGACGCUGGCUGUCCCGCAGCACAGCAGCCCGGACGGCCCGUUCCCACUCUGGGCCAGGCUUCAGGCUCGCUGUGCGAGAACGGAAGGCUGCUCUGAGCUGCCCAGCGCAGGGAUCAUGCCAGGCUGCGCCCAGCACCUCACCAAGCCCUCCAUCCUCUGGCUGCCACCACACUGGACAAAGGCCACUGGCAGCUGGACCCGGUGCAGGGGCACCCCUUCCCAUCCACCCGCUGUGACUUGAACGCUGGCUCCCCAAGCACUGAGUCCCAAGAGCCACGGGCAGGGGAGCUCCCCAGCCCUUCCUCUGGCCUGUGCCCAGUCCCCUCCUGCCAGCUGCCGCCUGUUUUUAGAAUCCACCCCUCCCCUCUCCCCCCAGUGUCACCCUGCCCUGUGCCAGGUGUGCCCUAUAUUUUGGGGACCCUCCGCUUCCAUGGUUCACUCUGGGCCAGGAACACAGGAAGGCUGAGUGCAGAGUCCCCGGCUGAGCCC